AACUACUUAAAAAAGGUUGUUUGUGACAUUUUCGGAUAGUGUCUCGGUCUAUUUUUUGUCUGUACAAAAUAAAAAGUGACAUUUGAGUAACCCUUCAGCUGUGAGAGCCAGAGACUGAAACGACGUCCGGGAGUUGAACGCCAACGUCCGUUACUACCGACGGUCCGACGGAGUUUACAUGAAAACAAGUGAAGUAUGUCAUCGCUUUCCUCAGCUUGUAAAACCAUCCACGUUUCACCUUCGUUCAAAGAACACACCUGUGAGUGCGUUGGUGUGAUUUUCAGCCAAGGUGCAUGUUCAGCACAGGAACAGGGGCAGAUGUUGGGAACCGAGCUGGGUAUGAUGGAGAUGUCAGAGGUCGAGUACACACACCUCCAGCACCUCAUCCAGGCCCAAAUGGAGGCCGCACCUCCAGAUGGGCCAGAUGCCAGAUCCCACCCUGCUACAGUGAUGGUUAAAGACGGAUCCACAAUGAUUUCUCCCUUCGCAACCACCCAAGCUAUUGAUCUGUCGACUUCAACGGAUGAGCACUGUCUGGUGAUGCCAGGGGAGAAGACGCCAGCUUCUUACGGAGAGGUCCCGGGUUUUGUGCUCGCCAGGGUCAGAGGCGAAGACAGUCCCACUGAAUCGCGAACCAACAGCAGCGUAUCUUCACAAAAGCGAUCCCGAUCAGCUGCCAGAGUUUGCUUGGAGAAAAGGUUUAGCACGAUGCCUACAGACACCCCGAGACAGCAAGAUAUUCAGUCUGCCGUUCUUAGCAAUUUUUUGACAAUGCUUCAGCAGUCUGCUGAGGCUCAAGAGGCCGCCAUGCAUCCCCAAAUGCAGAAGUGGAUGAAAACUGAAAGAGCAAAUCCUUUUGAGGUUUCCAGCCCGUUUGUAGGGGGUGUACCGGUAUUUAACCCAGUCACCAACAUGUGUGAACAAGUGAUUGGCCAUAUUCCUCACAUGGUUGAACCGAAGCAUCAAGGUUUAAUCAUCCCCAAGGGCUUCUCGUUUAACUUCCGCCCGGAGAGGGUUGUUACAAAAGCUCACUAUACAAGUGGCAGCAACCCAACAGAGGAGCAGCACUUGGUGAACAUAGAAAACGAUGUGGCGACCCCUGCUGCUGCCUCUAGGAAACAUGCCGGCACCCACAGCUCGCAAACCGUCAAGGCAGCCCAAGACUCCGCUGGAGAGUCAGCCAGCAGCACCAGGAAAAGAGCUCGAUCGCACAUGUCACUCAGCCAGCGGCGGGAGAGACACAACAGUAAGGAGAGGGAACGCAGGAAGAGGAUUCGUUCGUGCUGUGACGAGCUGAACAUGCUGGUGCCAUUCUGCGAGUCGGAUACAGAUAAAGUCACCACCCUGCAGUGGACCACGUCCUUCCUCAGAUACAUCAAUAAAACAUACGGAGACACAUUCAAAGAGGAGUUUCAGAAGGCAUUCACUGUUGAGAAAGGACUCUUUCUUAAAGCCGGCUCUUCUUUAGGCGAGGACCCAAUCCACCGGGAGAUGGACGAGACACUGAGCAUUCCUCUCACGGUAGAGCAGUGACCCCCUCACUGUUUUAUCAGAUAACUCAGCCAGAUAUUUUAGUACAUUUUAGUAGCUUGGGGUUGUCCCAUGAGGUCUGGUGGUGAGUUUGGCUGACGUGUUGUAACAUUUGAAAAUGGCCAACAAAAAAAGUGUCCUUUUGAGGGGAGCUCUGAUCCUGACUCCUUUACAGUGAUUUAGAAAGUGCAAGGUUUUCAGUCUGAGGCCGUGUGAUGCUCAAACGUGGUUUUCUCCAGCUGCAGCUAAAGACGUCACUGUAUCAAGCCGAUGUUUGAGCCGUUUCUUCUACCGCUGAUAUAGUUUCUCCCCCUCCACAGACAUUUGUAUACAGGACUUUUCAUAAAGUCAUACAUAGGGGGCACUGUUUCUCUUUGAAAAACAAGAGAAGGCUCUUAGGAUUAGAUUUCAGCUCUAUAGCUAUCAUACAUGAAGCAAAUUUUCAUUAAUGUGCAUCUUUUAUAUGCUUGAUUUUGUUUAAUUU